UAUUCUUACGGACAUAAAACUAAAGCAAUCUCUCUUACAUGUUUUUUUUCCUUAUUCACUGCUUUGUUUUGUAAGAAAUAAUUUCGUAACAAAAGCCCGAUACUCUGCGCGUGAUCUCUUCCUCCCUUCCUGCGUUUCUCCGAUCAGGAAUUUGUUGAUGGGUGCCCCUAAGCAGAAAUGGACAGCAGAAGAAGAAGCUGCCCUCAAGGCAGGAGUUCUCAAACAUGGAACUGGAAAAUGGCGCAAUAUACUUUCAGAUCCUGAGUUUAGUUCGGUCCUGCGUUCACGCUCAAACGUGGAUCUCAAGGACAAAUGGAGAAAUAUAAAUGCCACGGCCAUAUGGGGGUCAAGGCAGAAGGCCAAGCUUGCUCUUAAAAGAAAUCAGAUGGCUGCUAAACAUGAUGAUAACCACAUGGCGCUUAUCACUGUACCUCCGAGUGAAGAAAUUGUAUAUCCUAAGCCUCUUGCCAUUUAUAGUGGAACGCCGAGGGCAACUGGCUCCAAAAAAUUAAUUUCAAGGUUGGAAAACAUUUUAUUAGAGGCUAUCACUAGUUUGAGAGAGCCUGGUGGUUCUGACAGAGCUUCAAUUGCUUUAUACAUAGAGGAGAAAUAUGCUGCACAGCCAAACCUCAAGAAGCUUUUGGCUACAAAACUAAAGUUGCUGGUAGCAAAUGGGACAUUGACAAAAGUAAAGCAUAAGUAUAGGAUUGCACCACAUUCGACUAUUUCUGAAGCAAGAAGAACUCCUCUGCUUGCUUUGGAAGGAAGGCAGAAGGAUUCUACAAAAGCAGAGAAGAAAGGCAUCAACAACAUUCUUACUAAAACUCAAGUUGAUGCAGAGUUAUCAAAAAUGAAGAGCAUGACUGCAGAAGAGGCUGCUGCGGCUGCCGCACGAGCAGUUGCAGAGGCAGAAGUUGCUAUUGCCGAGGCUGAAAAGGCAGCAAGAGAGGCAGAGGCCGCAGAAGCUGAAGCUGAAGCAGCAAAAAUCUUUGCUAAAGCGGCAGCUAAAGCAUUGAAGUCUAGGAUGCUAGUUACAUGAUGGUGUAGAAGGACACCAUUUCGUCUUAGCUUGUUGCUGGAACCUUGCAUCAGACUUGACAUCUUGCUGGCCUGGUAUAUCAACUAUGAAUCAUGUCUAUUACUGUAAAUAUAUUAGGCUUGUAAAGAAGAAAAUAUGAGAUCAACCCAUGAAGCUGUGCUUCUUUUUGGACGAACAUUUGCUGAGAAGCUUAGAGGUUUAUGUGAUUCUAUAGUUUUAUCUUGAAGUAGAGGGUAUAUAUAUAUAUAGCAAAAGAAAUAGAGAUGGCAUUGUGAUGGCACUCUUGAGAUAUUAUCUGUUAUUUUAUUGGAAGUCCAUCUGAAUAAAUUGAACUACAGUUUUGCA